AUGAAGUGGAUGUCCUACUUGCAACAAUUCAACAUCAUUAUCAAGUAUAAGAAAUGGGUUACAAACAAGUUGGCAGAUAUGUUGUCUAGACCUCCAGGACAUUCCGCUUUAUUGGUGGCUAUGCAACUCCAACCUGUGAUACUUUUCGAGUACGUAACAAGUUAUGAUAAUGAUCCAGAAUUCAAAUUGUUCUUUGAUAAGCUACAACAUGGGAAGCCAUGCCAAUUUGAGAUGAAGGAUGGUUUAAUAUUCAAGGGAAAACAACUAUGCAUCCCCAACAAUGGAAACCGAUUGCGAUGGAUAAGGGAGGUUCAUACUUCUAGAUGUGCAGGUCACUUCGGAGUUGACAAAACCCUCCUUAAUCUACAACGUUAUGUUUAUUGGCCUCAGAUGCAUGUAGAUGUUUCUCAUUUUAUUCGAGGUUGCGUGUUAUGCAACACCCAUCGAGGAAGUUGGGGUUGUAUACACCACUUCCGGUACCAAAUAGGCCUUGGGAAAGUAUCUCAAUGGAUUUCUUGGGUGGUUUGCCUACAACCACAACUACCACUGGGUUUGAUUACUUGUUUGUUGUGGUGGACAGAUUUAGCAAAAUGGUGA